AGGGCGGCCGAGGCCGCCGGCCCUACCUGUGUGAAGCUGGGCCAGUGGGCCAGCACGCGGAGGGACCUCUUUUCCGAGGCCUUCUGCGAUGAGCUUUCGAAGCUGCACGUCGAGGUGAGCCCACACCCGUGGGGCCACACUGACGAGCUCCUAAGGAAGGCCUUUGGUGAGGACUGGAUGGGCAUCCUCAAGUUCCAAAGCCGGGAGCCGGUCGGCUCAGGCUGUGUCGCCCAGGUGUAUAAAGCCUAUGCUGACCUCACGGCAAUCGCCGGCUCCCAGGCCAAGGAGCUAGCGCAACACUUGGAGUUCAGGACUGCUUUUGAAGCGUGGGAAGCGUCAGGCUUUAGAGGCCUCCUCAGGUGGCUGAGGAAGAGGAAGAGUGAGCAGAUGUGGGAUGAGAGGAGCAGGGAUGAGCUCAGCCCAGCAGACGGCUCCCGGAGAAGUCCUGAGAGUGGGAUGUCCCUUAUGGAGUGGAUUGCCAAACCACUCCUGAAUGCACAUCCUUCAUCAGCCAGACAUCUCAUGCCUGUAGCCAUUAAAGUCCUGCACCCUGGGCUGGUCCACCAAGUCCAGAUGGAUCUGUUUCUCAUGAAGCUGGGUAGCCACAUCAUUGGACUUCUCCCUGGAUUCAAGUGGCUCAGUUUGACAGAGAUUGUGGAGGAGUUUGAGAAGCUCAUGAUUCAGCAGAUUGACUUACGCUAUGAAGCCAGAAAUCUGGAGCGCUUCCGACAAAAUUUCCUAGAUGUCAAUUUUGUGAAGUUUCCAACUCCCCUUUGGCCUCUGGUAACAGCAGAUGUUCUAGUGGAAACAUUUGAGGAGAGCGAGCCUAUUUCACACUACCUGCAUGCAGAGAUUGCCACAGAGCUGAGGCAGAGACUUGCAAAGAUGGGCAUGGACAUGCUGCUAAAGAUGGUCUUUGUUGACAACUUUGUCCAUGCUGACCUGCACCCUGGGAACAUCCUGGUUCAAGGCACGGCCCACGUCAGCACCAGCUUCAAGGAGCAGGCAGCCAUCGUGGACUUGUGUGACACGCUCGUGGUGGAAGUGCAGCCGCCCCUCAGGCAGCUCUGCCUGGUGCUCCUUGACGCAGGGAUUGUGGCAGAGCUGCAGAGUGCUGACAUGAGGAACUUCAGGGCAGUUUUCACAGCUGUGGUCCAGGGCCAGGGGGAGAGAGUGGCAGAGCUGAUCCUUCAUCAUGCCCGUGCUAACCAGUGCCAGGAUAUCGAGCGAUUCAAAGCUGAGAUGGCAGAACUAGUGACCAAGGUGCGGGGGAACACCAUUGCCUUGGGAAAGCUUCAGGUGGGAAAUCUGCUGUCAAAUGUCUUCAAACUGUUGAUGACCCAUAAGGUGAAGCUCGAGAGCAAUUUUGCUUCCAUCAUCUUUGCCAUCAUGGUUCUGGAAGGACUUGGUCGUUCACUGGAUCCUGAACUGGACAUUCUAGAGGCAGCCAAACCACUGCUCAUCAAAACUGCAGCUUCUGUUCUCAAAUAG